AUGGAGGCCAAGAGAAUUAAUUCUCCAACUGAAAGUGCAACAGUUGACCAGAAUCCUUGGGAACAGCCUUUGGAUGUGUCCCCACCAUUGCUCCAGCAGAGGACCGAUGUCUCUGUGGUUCAAAAGCAGGCUCUCCCCAUGCAGAAUGAACCUGGGAACAAUGAACCUGGAAACUCUUCAUCUUUCUCACCCUCAUCACCUGGUGGCCUCCACCCGCCCCCUCAGUCUCCCACACCAGCAUCCACGGUGAGCCAUUACGCCCUUGCAGAUGAUAACAGGUGGUUCGAUAUGGAUGGUCCAUCUGCAGAUGUGGAUUCAUUUGAUGAUGUGGAAGAUAGAAGCCCAUCCAGCUACAGGAUGACCCCAGAGGCCAUCCAUCAUGUAGAGCACAGGAGAUCAAGCACAGCUCCUCUCUCACCAACUGCUGAGGCCUUAUCACCCCUCUCAUCACCACCCUCUGCGGCGGCACCACCACCCCAGGCUCCAGUGUCCAUUCUUGCCCAAGGGCUUGCCGAGCAGCUGCAGCAGCACCAUGGCUGUCUGGGAGACAGCCACUGGGAGUAUCCCUUCGACAUGCGGCCUGUUGACCAUCCUUCCCCGCCUGGGACCCCCUUCCCCUCCAAGGCGACACCAUCCCGGCCCAUCCACUCUGUGCGCCUGAGUGAGAUCAUCCAGUGGGCCUGCCCGGAUAUCCUGUCGCGGCCACAGAUAGCUCAAUUUGGGGAGCCCUGGGAUGAACAGCUCCCCCCACUGCAGAGGCAGAAGAUCUUCAGUGGGCUGGAUGUCAGGGAUGACUCCACCCCUCCAGAACCACCCACCGUGGACAUCGCCUCGGAGGACGUCCCCGACGGGCCACUGAUGCCAUCCAUGGAUAUCGACAGCGUGGGGGGAUUCGCCUCCAGCCUCGCUGUGGCCCGGGCGGGCAUUCACUGGCUGGCAGCUAGGCCCCCUGUGUCCUCCCUCCAGGCAGGGCUGCAUCUCUCUCCAAUCCCCGUGACAUGGGAGCCCUCGUCAGAGGCCUCAUGCCCCCGGCGCAGCCAGAGACCGAUCCACCAGAUCCCACAUCUUCCCCUGGGCCGGCUGGGUGGGUUCGAGGAUCUAGAGCUCUACGCCCUGUUUCCCCAACUACAUGACCCCGAGCGCCAGCACUUCAUCAUCCGCGAGGAUGAGUACCGGCUGUGGACCGAUCAGAUUGUUCUUCCUGCCCUCCAUGAGUGCUACUCUACCGCCCUGCUGGGCCACAUCCCCUCCAGCACCGAUCACAUAAGGCUCAAUGCCACCGCGCGAUGGGUUGAGGGCCGUGCAACGGAGCGGUGCAAAGCGGUGCAAGAUCAACAAAGUAAAUAA